UCUUUACGAAUGUUCUUAUUGUCAAUAGCUCAUAGUGCUCAAAUGAUUCAAACAAUAGGUUAAGUGUUUGAGCGGGUCAGUUUGAAUUUUCAAAUUGCCUUUUGUCCAAUAGCCGAGCUGCUGGAUCACGUGCAUACACUGGACCAAUGAGCGUUCUCGGCGCGCUGGCUCUGGCUAUAUAACCCAGACAGAGUUGCUCUGUUAGUAUUCUCUCUUUCUCAAGAAAGUAGACUCUCUCUAGCAAUGGCAAGAACCAAGCAGACCGCCCGUAAGUCCACCGGAGGCAAAGCCCCCAGGAAGCAGCUGGCCACCAAGGCUGCCCGUAAGAGCGCCCCGGCCACCGGCGGCGUGAAGAAGCCUCACCGUUACAGGCCCGGUACCGUGGCUCUGAGAGAGAUCCGCCGCUACCAGAAGUCCACCGAGCUGCUGAUCCGCAAGCUGCCCUUCCAGCGGCUGGUGAGGGAGAUCGCUCAGGACUUCAAGACCGACCUGCGCUUCCAGAGCUCCGCCGUCAUGGCUCUGCAGGAGUCCAGCGAGGCUUACCUGGUGGGUCUCUUCGAGGACACCAACCUGUGCGCCAUCCACGCCAAGAGGGUCACCAUCAUGCCCAAAGACAUCCAGCUGGCCCGCAGGAUCCGCGGGGAGAGGGCUUAAACUCACCCGACUACACUUAACACACAACAACGGCUCUUUUAAGAGCCACCUCACUCUCAGCUCAAGAGCUCCUUCCUGCUGAUAACACGUUUAAUAUCACUGACAGAUCAAUAUUAUUUUUCUAUAAAGGGUUUCUCAUUGUGUAAUCUAAACAUACAAUUGUGAAUCUCAUUGUAAUACAUACUAUUAUAGGCUUUUACUUUGUCUACACUUCAUCUGAUUUGAAUUAAUCAGGGAAAAAAUUAUGAUUAUUAUAAAUUUUAUUUAUGUACCACAUUGUACUCUUUAGUCUUUCUUGUGUGAAAUUAAUAUUUCUUAGUUUUAAAAUGAAUAUUUUGCACUAUAUUACAGUUAUCCAUUCAUAAUGUCUCAUGUAAUCAUAUUAUAACUGAGUCACAUAAUAAAGUGACAUUGAGAGUCGUCAAACUGUCAAGGCUACAUUUACUUUAAUGUACCUCAGUAAGAUUAGAG